GCUCCUCUCGGAGAUGGCCCGCUUUCGCCGACGCUUCUCGAGCCUCAAGGUGCGGCUGCGCAGCCACCUCAUGGACAUGGACGGCACCUCGGACAUGCACGCCGCCGCCGUCGCGCUCGUGUACGACGUCGUCGCCAAGGAGGCGCACCCGCCUGGAUCCAAGGGCAAGCACGACCACGAAGAGAUCCACUGCUCGGCGAUCGCCGUCUGCAAGGUGUACGAGGGCAAGAUCGCCCAGACGGACCUCGUCAUCGACACGAAGGAGUUUCACGCAGAUGCGGGCGGGCCAGAGUUGAGCUGCGUCGUCAUGUAGCCUGUACUUUUGACCUCUGCCGCAGCACUG